UGCCUUGCAUACGCAUCUUCUCCUACCAACGGGCCAACAUACUACCACUUGGGCUAUAUCCGGUGCAGAUCCUUCUCCGAGCAGUCUAGCGUACAAUACACUAACAUUUCUAUGCUUUGCCCACGGUGAUUUUGUUGUCCGGCGGGCAAGUCUUCAACCCUUCGUCCUGUCGGCCCUUCUGGGCCUCGGCGGGCACCCCUUGAUCCCGUCCAGACCGAGGUGAAGCCGCCGCCUUCACCUCAUCCCGGAGGAAUCGCCACAACCAGCCAACCCCUGAUGGUCUCCAUCCCCCGCGAACAAUGAGCAUUCCGCAACCCAGCCGAGAUGUGAAGCGGCCGCAAGUAGAUUUAUCUUCAGUACCUCGAGUACUAACUAGACGUCUCACCGACCGCACGCCACCCGCCAAGUUCACGAAGUUUGCGCCGGUGGAUAAGGUAUGUUCUUCAAAAAUCUACCGUUGGGAAGUCCAAACUCCACUGCCAGGCUACGCAUAACACUCCUGUACCGAUGCUGUACCCUAAUGCAUUGAAUGCGGCUUUGCCACCACCGUGGACGUGGAUUCAGAUACGUAAACGCGCAACGUUGCCUCCGCCAAAGGUUCACAACAAAGAGAGCAACAGCUCAUUUAAAAAUCCACAGUAAGGCCGAGCAUGAGCAGAUCUCUGUCGCAGACCAUCAUACGUACAAAGUCUCUAGGCAU